AUGGCUGCCACCGACUCCAAGCCGACGCUGUCUACGCUCAAGACGCCCAUGUCUGCCACCUACCCCUCGGAACUCAGGUCGCCCAUGAUAACCUCAGCAACCACUCCCAUCUUUGCCAACAUCAAGCGCGAGGAUUCGGAUCUCAAGACACCCAUCACGCCACCAACAGCCUACCUGGAAUUCCUCAAGAACUUGUCACCUGUUCUCUCAAGCCCAAUGUCCACUGGUACCAGCUCCAAGUUCGUCUUCGGUGACAGUCGCCCCACCUCAGUAACAUCAUCGGCCUCCAGCGCGUCCUUCACAUCGACAUCAGCCCCAGUAGACAAGGACAAGGACUCGCCAGCAACUUCAAGAUCCAGCAGCUGCAGCAGGUGCGACACCACCAAGGACGAGCCACCAAUGUCUGCACCACCAACCAAGCUCCAGACCGUUACUAUCCCACCACCAUCACCCUUCACGCGGCCCCAUUCAGCGCGGACACCCCGCCUUUACAUCCCCCAAUCACCCUAUUCGCCCGCUGCAGUACGGUCACCAGCAAGCGCAAAGUCCAUCCAAUCACCAUUUUCUGCCGUCGCCUCGCCCAAAACCUGGGAUGCGGAUAAGAAGACUGGCCGGUCAAGGCGCGUUAGCGUGCGCGAAGUCGUUACACGGACAGUGACAUAUAGUCGCACACCAGUCGACGCGAAAGCUCCACAGUUUCCGCAAAUUGACCCCGCACCCCGCGGCAAGAGGAGGAAGGUCGAGUAG